AUGGAGAUUCCAUUAAAAUCUAAGGCCAAAGUUUCAAUGGUCAAUAUUCUGAAUGACAAAUAUUUCUUACCUAUAGAGGAGGAGAGUGAAGGAGAAUACAAAUUGACCAGAACUUAUUCCGAAACUGAAGUGAAUAAUUUCGAUGAGGAUACUGGUCAUCGUUUAUAUGAUGAUGAAUUAUUUCGUCCUAAAAAGAUGAAAUCUGGAGUAACGAAGAUUUAUAGUAGGUCACAUGGAUUAGGCUAUGGAAUUGAAGAUGAAUAUAUUCCUGGGUUGAAUUUUAGUGAUAUGGUCUAUCAAUGGGCUGAUACUCCAGAUUUAUCCAGGACCAAUAGUACAACAUCGUUUUUAAAUCUCGAUGAUCUUCAUGCUAAAGUUUCACCUAAACGAAUUGGGUUUGUUCCUAGAAGAGUUAACUCGGGGAAUAGUGAUUUUGAUUUGGUUCUUGAUAGUUUACCAUCAAAUUUUAAUGACUUACCUUAUUCUCAAAGAAAGAAACUAGUUAAAUCAAUCAAUGAACUGAUUGAUUAUUCUCAAUUCUCCAGUUAUAUGAAGAACUAUUCUGGCAAAAAGACAUUAGCCAAUCGAUUAUUAUCAUCGACCACUGAUUUGAAAAAAAUGAUUCCUGUGAAUGUUGAUGAGAAAGGUGCAAAAGUAAUGGAUUAUGAAUUAGGUAAAGUUAUAGGAUUUGGGGCAUGGGGGACUAUUAGAGAAUGUUUCGAUGAUAAGAAACAAAUUUUUGCCAUGAAGAUAGUGAAUAGUAAUAAGAAGAUAUUUAAGAAAGAGAUUGAAAUUUGGAAGAUAUUGAAUCAUCCCAAUGUAUUGAAAUUAAUUGACUAUCUUGAGACAGAGAGUUCGAUAUUUUGUCUCAUGUUACGAGCUAAUGGAGGAACGUUGUUUGAUCUAGUACUGAAAUGGGGUAUUUAUGAAGGUGAAGACUUUAAAAGAAUCGAUUUGACUAUCAAUUAUAUCAAACAAAUUACUAAAGGUAUAAAUUAUUUACACAAGUUGGGGAUUGUCCAUGGAGAUAUUAAAUUGGAGAACGUUUUGGUCGAGAAAGAAGGAGAAGAAAGUAAUUGGAAGAUGGUUUUAUGCGAUUUCGGUAUGUCAAGAUUUUAUAAGACACGAAGUGAAAUAAGAUCCAAAAGUUCAAUGACGGAAAUCAGAAAACCUUUCAAAGGAGAAAGUUUACAUAGUGCAUUGUUAAUCAGUGAAUUGGGAGCAUCAUUGGAGAAUAGAUCAGAACGAACAUUAAUUAAAUCCAAAUCUAGAUCUAAUUCCCCUGUAAGGAAAUAUUCUCGAUCCAGUUCUCCUUCAAGAGAUUAUUUAAGAACUUCACAAAGUGUUUCUUCAAUUGAAAGUAUCAAACAAUAUCUCGUAGAUCUUAAAGAUAAAGAAUUAAAACGUCAAAGCCAAGUGGAUUUAAAUUUACCUGAUAGUCAUAUUGGUUCAUUACCUUAUGCUUCACCCGAAUUAUUAUCACCGAAUCCCCCACCUUUAGGACCUUCGGCAGAUAUCUGGGCUUUCGGAGUUUUGAUAUUUACUAUGAUCAUAGGAAAAUUGCCUUUCCAACAUUUUUAUGAACCAAGAUUAAGAGCCAUGAUUAUUAAAGGGAAGUUUCCUCAAGAUGAAUUAAAAGUCGUCUUGGAAAAAUUUUCCUGGUUAAGUGAUUUAAUCAACGGAUGUUUAGAAAAAGAUAUUACUAAAAGAUUGGAUAUUAAUCUUAUUAAAGAUUAUUUAAUGAUUGAUGAUUAG